GGUGUGUCCGCGCGCCUCGCCUGCUGUGCGCUCCUGUCUGUCUUCGGCGGCGUCCUCUGCGCCCCUGUGCGGAGUCGGGGUCGAGCGGGGGGCAUGUAGCAGCGCGUUCGGCGGACUGACGGCGCCGUGCGGCAUGUAGCACCUGGAGCUCCGCGCACGUCGUCGCCCUCACGCGCCCCUCCUCCGUCCGCGCUCCCUCCCGGAGCGCUCGCCGCUCGUCUCGGAAGAGCGUCGCCGCCGCGCGAGCAAUUUUUGGGGGAUUUUCUUGUGGGGGUGGGUGGGGGGAUUUGUUUAUUUUAGAGGAGUGAGUGUGUUCAUCCCCGCCGCUCUGCACCUCUCGGUCGAUGGUCGUUGAGGAAGCUUCCAUCUUGAGUCCCGUUUCUACCCACAGAACCAUGGCGAGCGACUCCCCUGCGCGGAGUCUGGACGAGAUAGACCUGUCUGCCCUGCGGGACCCAGCUGGAAUCUUUGAGCUGGUUGAACUGGUUGGAAACGGCACCUAUGGGCAGGUCUACAAGGGUCGCCAUGUCAAAACAGGCCAACUUGCAGCCAUCAAGGUCAUGGACGUCACAGGAGAUGAGGAGGAGGAGAUUAAAGCGGAGAUCAACAUGCUGAAGAAGUACAGCCACCACAGGAACAUUGCGACCUACUACGGAGCCUUUAUAAAGAAGAACCCUCCUGGGAUGGACGACCAGCUGUGGCUGGUGAUGGAGUUCUGUGGGGCCGGCUCUGUAACGGACCUGAUCAAAAACACCAAAGGGAACUCGCUGAAGGAGGAGUGGAUCGCUUACAUCUGCAGGGAGAUCCUCAGGGGUCUGACCCAUCUCCACCAGCACAAAGUCAUCCACAGAGACAUCAAAGGACAGAACGUCCUGCUGACAGAGAACGCAGAGGUCAAGUUAGUGGACUUCGGUGUGAGCGCUCAGUUGGACCGGACCGUGGGUCGGAGGAACACGUUCAUUGGGACCCCGUACUGGAUGGCGCCGGAGGUCAUUGCCUGCGACGAGAACCCCGACGCCACUUACGACUUCAAGAGUGAUCUGUGGUCGCUCGGCAUCACGGCCAUAGAGAUGGCAGAGGGAGCACCGCCUCUUUGUGACAUGCAUCCAAUGAGAGCGCUCUUCCUCAUCCCCAGAAAUCCUGCCCCCAGACUCAAGUCUAAGAAGUGGUCCAAGAAGUUCCAGUCCUUCAUCGAGAGCUGUCUGGUGAAGAGCCACAGCCAGAGGCCCAGCACGGAGCAGCUGCUCAAACACCCCUUCAUCCGGGACCUUCCCAACGAGCGGCAGGUCCGCAUCCAGCUGAAGGACCACAUCGACCGCACCAAGAAGAGGAGGGGGGAGAGGGACGAGACCGAGUACGAGUACAGCGGCAGCGAGGAGGAGGACGAGGAGCGGGACGUGGGGGAGCCCAGCUCCAUCAUCAACAUUCCCGGGGAGUCCACCCUGAGGCGCGACUUCCUGCGCCUCCAGCUGGCCAACAAGGAGCGCUCGGAGCUGAUCCGGCGUCAGCAGCUGGAGCAGCAGCAGAACGAGGAGCACAAGCGCCAGCUCCUGGCUGAGCGGCAGAAACGGAUCGAGGAGCAGAAGGAGCAGCGGCGGCGGCUGGAGGAGCAACAGCGUCGGGAGCGCGAGCUGAGGAAGCAGCAGGAGCGCGAGCAGAGGAGGAGGUACGAAGAGAUGGAGCAGCUCCGCCGCGAGGAGGAGAGGAGGCACGCCGAGAGAGAGCAGGAGUAUAUCCGUAGACAGCUGGAGGAGGAGCAGAGGCAGCUGGAGAUCCUGCAGCAGCAGCUCCUGCAGGAGCAGGCCCUUCUGCUGGAGUACAAGAGGAAGCAGAUCGAGGAGCAGCGUCAGGCCGAGCGGCUGCAGAGGCAGCUGCAGCAGGAGAGAGCGUACCUGGUGUCGCUGCAGCAGCAGCAGCAGGAACCCCCGCGGCCGCCGCAGGACAAGAAGCAGCUGUACCACUACAAGGACCAGGCCCCCAGCAGCAACGACAAGCCGGCCUGGGCCAAGGAGGUGAUGCGUCGAGCUCAGAGCAACUCGCCCCGUGUCCCUACUAAGAAGUACCACUCCUUCACGGAGACGCGGGACACCAACCUCGACACGCUGCUGCUGCUGCCCGGCUACAAGCCCCGCCCCCGCCCCCCCUCCUACCCCGCCAACGUCAGUCCUGUUCGCGACGACCCUCACAUGCCCCGUAUUCGCAUCACCUGCAUGCCGGACCCUGAACCCGGACCCCCCCUGCCGCUGAUGCGUCGGCAGAGCCCCGACUCCAGGGUCCAGGACUCCGAGUCCAGGGGCCGGAGCCCCGGCCGCUGGGUGGAGGAGCAUUAUAAGAUGAGCACACAGACUUCUCCUCCAUUGCAGCAUAAAGUCUCCAACCGGAUCUCAGACCCGUCACUGCCGCCCCGCUCCGAGUCCUUCAGCAGCGGAGGCAUCCAACAGGCCCGGACCCCGCCCAUGCACCGCUCCAUGGAGCCACAGAUGGCCCACCUGAUGCAGGUGAAGAGCCACGGCCUGUCGGGCUCUCAGUCUCUCUACGACCCCCACGGGGUGUCCUCCUCCUCGGCAUCACCUUCACCCUCCCGGCCUCCCAUGCCCCGGCAGAACUCCGACCCCACCUCUGACACCCCUCCUCCCCUGCCCCUGUCCCGCCUGGCGCCUCCCCUCGACAAGCUGGACCGCAGCUCCUGGCUGCGGCAGGACGACGACAUGCCGCCCAAGGUCCCUCAGAGGACGACCUCCAUCUCUCCUGCGUUGGCUCGAAGGAAUUCUCCAGGGAACGGACCUGGACUCGGACCUCGGGCUGGAGCUCAUCUCAUCCGGGCCAGCAACCCUGACCUGCGGAGGACCGACGUUUCCAUGGAGACGCCCCUGAAGAGGACGAGCAGCGGCAGCUCCUCCAGCUCCAGCACACCCAGCUCCCAGGGAGGCUCCAACGAGCGAGGUACCCCGGCCGCUAAGACUGAAGGCUCCACUCUUUCUUCCCACGAGACCAAAGAGGACGGGCGCGAGGCGGCGCGGCCCAGCAGGCCGGCGAGCUAUAAGAAAGCUGUAGACGAGGAGGAGUUGGACCUGACGGCUUUGGCCAAAGAGCUGAGGGAGCUGCGACAGGGGGAGGAAACCAGCCGCCCGCCCGUCAAAGUGACUGACUACUCUUCAUCCAGCGAGGAGUCUCACAGCAGCGAGGAUGAGGAAGGCGCUAACGACGGAACGGUAGCAGUCAGCGAUAUUCCACGCAUCAUGCCGCCAGCGAGUCAGGGAAACAGCGAGCCCUUUAAUGUGACAGGAAGUCAGAACGACGCGCACACAGACUCGUAUGGAAACAGCUCCCAGGACAACACCCUGAUGAUGCGUGAGAAACGCGGGGAACAGAGGCGUAGCUCCACCGCCAGCAACGGUUUCCCCGGCAACGCUAAUCUCUUCACUGCCAUCGCCAAUCUCCCCGAUUUGGUGCAGCAGAGCACCUCCCCCCUGGUCUCUCCUGGUGACGCCUCUGGUGCCCAAGUAGGUGGAGGCUCCAAGGCCUCCUUCACUCCGUUCGUGGAUCCCAGGGUUUAUGGGACGUCUCCGACGGACGAUGACGACAAAACCUCUGCCGCAGCGCUGUUUGCUGACGAGCUGCUGAAGCAGGAGCAGGAGCAGGCCAGGCUCAAUGAGGCCAGGAAGAUCUCCGUGGUCAACGUCAACCCCACCAACAUCAGGCCGCACAGCGACACGCCGGAGAUCCGCAAGUACAAGAAGCGCUUCAACUCUGAGAUCCUGUGUGCAGCUCUCUGGGGAGUGAACCUGCUGGUGGGGACAGAGAACGGCCUGAUGCUGCUGGAUCGCAGCGGUCAGGGCAAAGUCUACAACCUGAUCAACCGGCGCCGCUUCCAGCAGAUGGAUGUUCUGGAGGGACUCAACGUCCUGGUCACCAUCUCAGGGAAGAAGAACAAACUGCGUGUCUAUUACCUGUCCUGGCUCAGGAACAGGAUACUGCACAACGACCCUGAAGUGGAAAAGAAGCAGGGCUGGAUCACCGUCGGAGAGCUGGAGGGCUGUGUGCACUACAAAGUUGUGAAGUACGAGAGGAUUAAAUUCUUGGUCAUUGCUCUGAAGAAUUCAGUGGAGAUCUACGCCUGGGCACCGAAACCUUACCACAAGUUCAUGGCCUUUAAGUCGUUCACUGACCUGCAGCAUCGCCCCCUGCUGGUGGACCUGACUGUGGAGGAGGGACAGAGGUUAAAGGUCAUUUACGGCUCCAGUGCAGGUUUCCAUGUCAUUGAUGUGGACUCAGGCAACCCUUAUGACAUCUACAUCCCGUCACAUAUUCAGGGUCAGGUGACCCCACACGCCAUCGUGGUGCUACCCAAGACGGACGGUAUGGAGAUGCUGCUGUGCUACGAGGACGAGGGCGUCUACGUCAACACCUAUGGACGCAUCACCAAAGACGUGGUGCUGCAGUGGGGCGAGAUGCCCACCUCCGUCGCUUACAUCCACUCCAACCAGAUCAUGGGGUGGGGAGAGAAGGCCAUUGAGAUCCGCUCCGUGGAGACGGGACACCUCGACGGAGUUUUCAUGCACAAGCGAGCUCAGCGACUGAAGUUCCUGUCGGAGAGGAAUGACAAGGUCUUCUUUGCCUCUGUGCGCUCUGGAGGCAGCAGCCAAGUCUUCUUCAUGACCCUUAACAGAAGCUCCAUGAUGAACUGGUAACAUUUCGUGCUUCGUCAACCCUCCUCUUCCUCAGUCUGACCAUCGCUCACCACCAAAGUAGACAUGGAGGAACGGCGGGGGGACUGUGUGUGUGCUAGUGUGUGCUAGUGUGUGUGUGUGUGUGUGUGUGUGUGUGUGUGUGUGUGUGUGUGUGUGUGUGUGUGUGUGUGUGUGUGUGUGUGUGUGUGUGUGUGUUAGUGGAGGAUAAACAACAAGCUGCAGACCAGAUGAUCUAGACCCUCCGGCUGUAGAGGGCGCCACAGGCCCCAUGGACGCCUCCACUGCCUGCUGAGCAAAGCCUUCGCCUUCCCUGUGGACUGUUCGAUCAGGAUCGCGGUUGUUCCUGACACUUUAAAGGACACUGACAUCAUGCCGAGUAGCCUUUGACUUCCCCGUGUGGCUGAGUGGGGAGCUGUGGAAAAGUUCUUUGUGUAGCACAUCAGUGAUUUCCUUACAGGGUGUUCACACUGCGGGUACGCUGGUGGGUGUGUGGGUAGUGGUGAUUCAGGUGUGGGGACCGCCAGCCUUUGGUUUGAGUGUUAGGUAGCAUUGUAAAGGAAGAAAAACCCGAGCAGUGGAGGAAAACAACUCAACUCAACCUUCUAAUUAGGUUUUCUGCAUUUGUGUCUGUGGGUCAAUGAGUAAACACUUCAGAAUAACACAUCUUAGAGUGACAAGUGUGAACCGCCCUUUAACUACUGUGACACACAGGAACUAGGGUUGAACUCAGUACAAACAUGAUGCUGCUUAUCGGAACAACUUCUGAUCGCGAUGACAACCUUUUCUAGACGAACAUCUUGUAGCAAAAACCUAAACUUGGCUUCUUUGUCAGCCGUGGAUGAAAUCCUUGUUCCCCCGAUGGCGGCCGUCUCUCUGGAGGAAACGGACUGAGUCGCAGUGCGAACACUAAUUUUCUGUUGCUGCUGAACCACCUUCUAUGUCUCCUCCUCCUUAAGACGGGAAGAUACAAAAAUGCGAGGGAAAUGAGACGUUUCACACCCGUCCUUGCAGAUGCUGCACAUUCAAUGUCAGCAGCUUAGGCUGAUGCCCUGUGUGCGGCCGGCGGCGGACGUUUGGUUGUAGAUAUUGUAUUACUGCUGCAAGAGCAACACAAUAACAACUUCAACACAUCAUGAACUUGGCAUAGAGUAGUUCUGGGAUUUUUACUUUUGCUGCCCUCUUCUUUCCAAACUUUUCUAGUUGUGUGUGCACCGCACUUGUAUAAAUACUCACUUCGACAUUAAGGACAGAAUUCACAGAGCAGAUGGGAAGUAAAAAAAAUAACGGUCUUGCUUUUUUUGGCCACACCUCUGCAAAUCUGUCUGCUUUGUAGUUUCUCUGAGGCGGAGGAGGUUUUUCUGAGCAACGAGCCGAGCGAAGACUUGGUUUGGGUUAACGCUCCAGGUUUGCUCCUGAACUCUGUCGUCCAUUACUGUUUAUUCAGUUGUGCAUUUUGCAUGGUGACAUACGUGUUUUACCUGUCGUCACUUGUUAUGAAUUGUAAUUUUAAAGGCAAUACACUGGCAGGUCUGGCUGUAGAAUAUGGAUGGUGGGCGAAUCCAGAAGCAUCUUCCUCAACACUGAGCUGACAACGAAAAUGGUUCAUUUUUAACAGCGUUGCUUUUUGUCUGCUCUUUUAUCUUCGAAGUCACAGUCAGAUAAGUCAAUACUGGACGGCUUCACGUUCAACAUUAGGUUUGUAGUUUAGUCAUUUUGUUCAUUCUCAAAUCCAGGGCGUCGAGCAGGACGAUCCUGAGUUGACCUUUGACCCAGUUUUUGGGCUUGUCAUCGGGCUUUGGGGGAAGAAAGUGACUCAUCUUCUGCUUUAACUGAUCUGAAAAGAGGAGACAAGUGUAAGCGAAGCCUCAUUAAGGCAGAAGCAGAUUUUUAUGUGUGCAGGACGUUAGCAUUGAAGCACCCUGUGAAUAAAGGUCAGGAGGCAGGCUCAGUCUGAGAAACUAGGGAUAAAAACUAUAUAUACUAAGAAUUUUCGUUAUGAUGAUAUCUUACCAAUCAUUUUAGAGAAAGACAAAAAAUAAUGUUGACUUAUUAAAUCUUAGUUGUCUUUCUACAGAAUAGAGAACAUAGCUAUAAGAUUUCUAAAAAAUACAAUGUUUUUAUUGUGGUAUUAUUUGUAUUUGUAUUUCAAUUUUUGUAUCAAGUAUCAAAACUGUGAACGUAUGUACGGCUGUCAGCCUGUGUGUGUGUGUGUGUGUGUGUGUGUGUGUGUGUGUGUGUGUGUGUGUGUGUGUGUGUGUGUGUGUGUGUGUGUGUGUGUGUAGGUGAGCAGGUGUGCAACGUGCAUGUGAGUGUAUGUUUUCACCCUGUCUGAAUCACUGGAAUCAAAAGACAACCUCAAAUCUGGUAACACACAUCUGUGAUGUUGGGAAUUCUACAAUAAAUGUCUUCUCCUUGUACAGCAA